CUGCUGCUGUUGUCGCUUUGCUUGCUUUGCAUUGGCUGCGCUGCUUGGCUAGUGGCUCGGCGGCUCUCUGACGCGUGACCGUGCUGUUUCUCACACAGACUCACUCGCGCACGGUAACAGCGGUGGUCGUGUCUACGUGUGCGUGCGUGCGUGCGGGUGUUGGCCUGCGACUGAGACUACUGUCUUUACAUUUCGCGUUGGCUCGUCGCCGCGAUUGGGAUUGGCUUCAGUGAAAUUAGCUUCAGUGAGGUUGCCUUCGCGGUGUCUACUUGCCACCAGCGUCCGUGUGUGUGUUUACGUGUGCGUGCGCGCGGUCUCCCCGCAUGUAUGCGUGGGAGCAACUAAGGCGUGUGUAAGGAUGAUGUGUGAUUACGGCGAGUGUGCCUCCGCCGCCGCCGCUUCGUAACAAUGAUGGAAUCGUUCGUCUGUCGGCCACGACCCGUGCAAGUGUGAGUCGACCUAACCUCGCCUGUGCACGGCGAUUGCCGAAUACGUGCGCGCGUGCGUGCGUGCGUGCGCGGUGUGUUUGUAAACCCUUCACGCGUGCUUUCUCUCACGAACAACACGACGUUUUGCGCAGUAGUUGGCAUAUGUGUGUAUGUGUUUAUCUCAGUGAGUCACCCCACCUGGCAGCUUCCAAGUUACAGGUUCGUUAUUGAUCGGCGAGAUAGCCUAGUGAGGCUUCAGCUACAAUGUCAGCUAUGAAGAGGAAUGGGUGGUCUUGCAAGGAAGAGUAACACACGGGAUGUGUCGACUGUGAAGCGAUUCUUCGAUUCGCUCAAGAUGAACAACAUUCGCAACAAGUUCAGCAAGAUGGAGAACGAGGCGGUCCGGGGCGUCGGCGACGGCGACGACAACGACGACAACGCCGCGACGCCGCCGCCGCCGCCACCGCGCGCAAACUCGCACCUCGACAACGGCGGCUGCCACCACAUUUACGGCAAGACGACGCCGGGCGACUACGUCGACGCGCCGCCGCCGCCGCCGGACGAAACCGCCGCCGGUGGCGCCCUCGUGAACGACACAAACCCGAACAAUUCGUUUGGCUCGUGCGGCGCAGGCGAGGAGCUGAUAGAGUACGGGUGCGGGCGCGUGCGGCCGCCGCUGCUGCGCGGCUGCGCCAACAUCCACUUCUUUCUCGCGUGCCACUGCGCGCUGCUGCUGCUGUACGGUCUCAUCUACGCGUACAUCGCGUCGAUACAGACGACGCUCGAGCGGCAGUUCCAGAUCAACGCGAAGCGCGCGUCGCUGCUCGCCAGCGCGAACAUGAUUGGCUACCUGCCCGCGCUCAUCGUCGUCAGCUACUACGGCGGCCGCGGACACCGCCCGCGCUACAUCGCCGUCGGGAUGCUCGUCGUCACCGCCGGCAGCUUCUUCGCGUCGCUGCCGUACUUUGCGUACGGGCUGAAGCAGGAGGCGCAGACGGCGGUCGUCAGCUACGCCGGCGGCAACGUUUCGCGCGUCGCGACCGAGGAGCUGUGCCUGCGCGCGGACUCGGGAGCGAAUAGCACGGGGUGGGGGUGCGCGGGCGGAGCCGCCGCCGCGGCGAUGAACAACGGAGCGUACGCGCUCGUGUUCGCCGGCAUGGUGAUGGUCGGCGCAGGGGGCGCCAGCGUCGUCACGCUCGGGUUUCCCUACAUCGACGACAACGUGACGCCGAAGAGUUCGCCGCUCUAUCUGGAUCCGGGUUUCGACAUCAGCAGUCCCAAGAGUCGACGCGCGUGCUAG